AAGGACACCACUUUGGUGCCUGUCGGAAGGUUUUCCCCGUUUCUGCUGCGCUUUUCGUGGCGCGCUUCGGUUGUCUCCCAUUUAUAUGCAAAUUAUCAUCUUCUUUUGCACCGCCCGUUUUUCCGCCGGAUGAGCCGAAAAACGCCACAGCAACGAGAGGCCUCACGGAAGGCCAAGAUAGACCCAUUGCGUAGCGAUCGGUACAAGAUAAUGAGCCGACUCGGCGAUGGUGGGUUCUGUGAAGUGUUCAAGGCGAAGGACAACCAGACGGGCCGGUAUGUCGCCAUCAAGCGGGUGGACCGCUCGAAGCCGACCUACCAGAAGUAUUCGGCCCGAGAGGUGGAGCGCAAGAUCAAGCGUCUGAUGUACCGUGAAGCGACUAUAAUGCGCGCUCUGGACCAUCCGAAUCUGGUGAAGCUGUUCGAUCUGGUGGACGAAACGGAGCAGAUCUACUUGGUCAUGGAAUUAGCUGAAGGCGGCGAGCUGUUCGAUCGCAUCAUCAAACGCGGCAAGUUCAGCGAACGCGACGCGGCCAUCAUCAUCGCGCAGAUCAUCAGCGGCAUCAAGUACAUGCACGACUCGGGCUAUGUGCACCGAGACAUCAAGCCGGAGAACAUACUCUUCGAGACGCAGCAUGACGACUCGAAAUUGCUCAUCACCGACUUUGGCCUGUCGCGCGAGCUGCAGCCGAAGAUGAUGACCAACUGCGGCACCGUGGACUACAGCGCGCCGGAACUGUUGAAGAGCAAGUUGACCAAAGGCGGCUACGGGCCCGAGGUGGACAACUGGAGCAUCGGGGUCGUCUCCUACAUCCUCCUGUGCGGCUAUCCGCCCUUCUACUCCAUCAAUCAGGACGACGGCGAGAUCAAAAAGCAGAUCAUGGCCGGCAUCUACCACUUCCAUCAUCCACAUUGGGAUCACAUCUCCAAGUCGGCCAAGGCAUUCAUCGCUUCGCUACUCAAAGCCGAUCCCGAAGAGCGCGCCACGCUCGAGCAGGCCAUCACGCAUCCGUGGAUUAAGUUGGAGUCCAGCUCCACAUUGGACAUCUAUCCACUCAUCGAGUCGAGCAUGCGAGACACUCUGGCUAAGCAACGCUGGCGUUGUCUGGGACUGGCGGCCAACGCCAUCAACCUGUUCACGAUGGCCAGUCCCACGCUCAGCAGCCGCUUCUCCACGCCCAGAACUCAGGCCCCCGCACUAUAUAGCCCUCUCAAUCUAUACUUCUCUUCAUCUAUUCAUUUUGACUUUGUUUCUCGCUCUUUCGCCAAAUCUCAACCAAUCCGUCACUCCAUCUAUCCACCUAUCUAUAUAUCUAUUUUUCUAUCCAUCUAUACAGCCAAACAUCCAUCUAUUCAUCUCGCUUUUACGCCAUUUUGCCAACUUGCUCUUAAUCUCUCCAACUCUCCAUCUAUUCAUCAAUCUAUUUCUCUAACUUUCUAUCCAUCUGUCCAUCGGUUCAUUUAUCCAUCCAUCAAGCUAUCCUUCUCUGCAUCUCUUCAUGUUGCCUUUGCUUUCUUGAUCUUUCGCAACUUGGCUAUCUCACUUUCAACCAAUCUGCCUCUCCAUCUAUCUAUCUCUUCAUUUUUCUAUAUAUUCACCUAUCUAUAUAUACAUCUUUAUAUCCAUCUAUAUAGGCACACAUCCAUCUCUUCAUCUCGCUCUCACGCCAUUUUGCCAACUAGCUCUCAAUCUCUUUAA